AACAGAAAAUAACAAACAAAGCGCAGAGAAGCUUGCCGGACGGGAAAUCUCCGCUGCUCGCGCCAGAGUUGACAGCUGUGCGAUUUAUCAGAGAGCUUAUCGAGCACUUUACAAGGCGUGUGUGCGCACCUGGGUGUGCACCUGUGGUUGUGUGUAUUUACACAAACAAGAAUGAAAACGCGCUAAUUUAAAGUGCACUCGAAGCGGACAAUUUGACUAAAGUUUCUUUUGUUAAUACCAGCACCUUACGUAAUGCUCUCAGGCACUCAACUGGGCCGUCUGGCAGCAGGCCGUCUUUUGCCGGGACUUGUGGCUAGACAUGCCCACACGGAGCGCAAGGUGCGGGUCAAAGAUGCCGGCGACCUGCACAUUGUCGAAUCCGGCAGUGGAUCACGCAGUUUGCUGCUGAUGCCCGGAGCUCUGGGCUCCGCCUGGACGGACUUCAAGCCACAAAUAGAGCAGUUGCCCAAGCUGCUGCCGGAUCACACAAUAAUCGCCUGGGAUCCGCCUGGCUAUGGCAAAUCGGUGCCACCGCAGCGCAAGUUCGGGCUGGAAUUCUUCCGAGAGGAUGCAGAGGCUGCCGUUAAUCUGAUGCGUGCCUUGAACAGGCCCCGGUUUUCGGUGCUGGGCUGGAGCGAUGGCGGCAUAACAGCCCUAAUACUCGCCGGACGUCAUGCAGAUGCCGUGGAAAAGCUGGCCAUUUGGGGUGCCGGCGCCUAUUUGAAUGCAGAUGAGGUGAAGGCGCUAAAAGCGAUCCGGGACGUGGCCAAGUGGUCACCACGCAUGCGUGAACCUAUGGAGCAGGUGUAUGGCGCCGAGCGCUUUGCCCAGCUGUGGGCAGAGUGGGUGGACGCCGCCUGCGCUUUCUAUGCGCUGCGCGAUGGCGACUUCUGCCGCACGGAAGUGGGCCAAGUGAAGGCGCCAACAUUUAUACUGCACGGCAAAAAGGAUCCCAUGAUUGCGGCCGAGCACGUGCCCUGGCUAAAGCAGCGAUUGCCACUGGCACGCUACCACGAGUUUCCCGACGGCAAGCAUAACAUCCAUUUGCGCUAUGCGGCGGAGUUCAACCAGCUCGUGGCCGAAUUCUUCGAAGGAAAAUAAAGCACGAAGGGAUUUGCUUAUGGAAAA